AUGCCACGCUUACAAAUCCUCCAACAUAAAUCCUAUCAUCCUUACCUGGAGAAGAACAAGCAGCGCGUGAGAGAAGAUGAAGCCAAGGCAGCUGCUGCAGAGUUGGAACAAGAGCAAAAGCGGAUAGACAAGGACUCCACCGCCCGUCUGGACUACUUGCGGCGAAGGGCCGGUUCUCCAACCUUUGCUGUCGACCCUUCCGCCGCCACUGGUCUUUCAACAGGGUUGGAAGAGGACAUUCUCCCCUCCACUUCAACUCAUAACGACAAAGGAGAAUCUUUGCUCGAACGGCAUAGGAAGAAAAAGGCUCAGGAAGAAAAACGUGAACGAAAGAAACGGGAGAGAUUGGAUUUUGAUUUCCCUAAGCCUGAGGAUGGUCGUGAUGAAUGGACGAGAAAGAGAGAUGAUGAUGGGAAUGGAGAUUGGAGAUGGGAUAAAAAUGGUCAUAUCAAUUUCUUCACCGAUUUGGAGCAGGUAAGUAGACCAUAUAAAGAGCGACCGACUUUGACGGAAAUAGCUAAGAAAAAGCAAAAAGAAAAGGAAGAUCCAUUUACUAUGUAUCUCGCCAGACCAGAGAGGGAAACUAAGCCGUGGUAUACGGACAAGGAGUUUAAGCGUGUAGAAGAUAAAGAGACGGGUGAAGAGGCCGAGCAACGUCGUGCUAGGGAUAAACGAAAAGAUGUACGUAGCAAACAUCGCCAUGAUCCACUCUCCUUAGUCGACUCUCUACUCUCUUCACAACCUAAACCUCAUCCCACUACCAACAAUAGACCAUCGAUCGGACGCCAAGCCGAAAGGGGAAUGUCGGAACGUGAGAGAGCUAUGGCCAUGUUGGCGCAAUCCAAAGGUGGUAGUCAGAAAUGGGACGAUACGCCCUCGAGCGUCGGAGGAACGUGGGGGGAUCGUCUGGAGCGUGAGAAGGAUAGGGCGGGAACAUUCUUUGCCAAAACGGAGACUCCGAGAUGGGGAGGGAAAAGUUGGGAAGUGUGA